AUGUUAUCGUGGAUUCGGAAUCGGUGGACACCAUUAUGUUUACUUAUCAUGGCCCUUGGUGCAUUAAUAUUGUUCUUGUAUGGAUUUUUUCCACUAAAGUAUCAUACAGGAAAGUUGGCACAUAUGGAUGAUUUACCAAACUUUAUUGAUGGCGUCAGUAUUGAUGGCCAGACAGUAUACAACUCCGGCGAGCACAGUGUUGUUUUGAUGGUGAUAGACAGUUUACGUUAUGAUUUUGUUACUGAUGAAUACAUGCCAUACACUGCAGAGCUAUUGAAGAACAAAUCAGCUUGCAUAUAUGUAUCCAUAGCUGAACCGCCAACUGUUACAAUGCCCAGAAUAAAGUCACCAGAGAGAAAGAUCCUAAAGGCACAGUGGAGACGCACCAUAAACUUCUGGCGGGAUAUAUUUGCAAGUGUCACCUUUUGUAAUUAUAAAGCAUAA